AUGGUUCACUCUACGAGCGAGGAACGCGCUGUACAUUUGACACGGGAGGCUGUAGAGCUGAUAGAUGCUGGUCAUCGUGAGGCCGCCUCACGAAAUCUCCGAGAAGCCCUCACCCUAGCCCCGGAACAUCCUGCGGUCAAGGAAGCGUUUGUGAAAAUCCAGCAAGACGAGGAAAAUGGCCACCAUUUGAUCGACCUCUGCCGUCGCUACACCUCCGGAAAGGACGAGCCUGCCGGCAAAGAUGCCGCCCUCUACCUCCGCACCGACGGGCUGAAGCCUCCCGAGGAGGUUGCAUUGGAAUGUGCCAAACUCCUGCUGGCGCAGCGCCCACAUGCCUUGUCGGAGCUGCAAGAUGAUGUUAUUUCGGGCCUGGUCCGCCAGAAUACCAGCGUGCGCCGCUAUUUCUCGGAGCAGCUGCAGACCUCGGUGACGGCUUUCUUUGAUGAGAUCUAUGAGAGAGGUGAUGGGGCCGCUGUGUGUCUUGACACCGUGGUCUUGGACCCCGCCGUCUGGCCGACCGAGGAUGAUCGUCUCCACUGUGAGCGCGAGCUGUUCCUGCUCUUCAUUGCCAAGCUCAUGGAGUCUGGCCAUGACAUGGACGGUCGCUCCCUCAAGGGCAUCGCGCGUCUGCUUGCUGUGGAUGCCGCGAAGCUGGAGGAGUUGAUCGACGACGAAGGUCUGGAGGUGAUCCUGUCGUCCCUGGACAGCCGCCUCCCUUCCGAGUGGAGGAGUCAAGCCACACUGGCGACCGUCAAAUAUUUGGAGGUUUCGCAGAAAGUUGGUGAAGACCGAUUCUCCAAGCUUGUUUCUUCCAAGAUCCUCAAGGGUCGCAGCGAUGACUUGAUCGAGGCUUUUUCUGCCACGGCCGCUGUCUUCCCCGUCAUCCCUGAGGUUGCGGCCUCUCUUUUCUUGUCCGAAAGCUUCCUGGCCGCUUUGGCUCCCUUAACCUCCAGGGAUGCGAAGAGCCGGAAGGUGGAGCUCCCUUUUCUGGAGCUGUUGAACGCCGCCUGCAUGAACAAAGCGUGCCGGGAAGCUAUCACCAAGCAUCUCUCGACGUGGCUGUCCCACCUCCUCACGAAUGGCAGUGACGAAAGCUCCGAGUUGGCGGCGGUCAUUUUGGCGAAGGUCCGCACCUCCGCUCAAGUGGGAUCAAGUGAGUCCAACGGCAAGGCGGAGGACGACAACGACCGGGUCGCCGAGCUGGUCGAUCGCUUCAAGGAGCAGAUGUCGAAGCGCAAGAUCGAGAGCAUGUCGAACGUGAUAGAGGGCCUGGCCUACUCGUCCGUCAAGCCCGCUGUCAAGGAGCAACUUGCUCAGGACCCGGUGUUCCUCCAGAACCUGAUUCAGGUCCUGCGAGAGAACUCCGCGGAUUCUUCAGUGCUGUACGGUGGCCUCAUGAUCGUCGCGAACCUCACCCAAUUCCUCCCCCAUCUGUCAGAAGAACAGAAGAAAAUGUCUCAGCUCAAGUCCUAUGCUGAAGCUUCCCCCAACGGAGCCCGGGCUGGCCCAGACCCCCUUGAUGAUGAGCAGCAUGUCAUUACCCGUUGUAACGCCCUUAUCAAGGCAGGUAUCAUGCCUCUUCUUGCAGACUGCACCAAGACGAAUCUACCCUCGGUGCAGGGCCUCCUGGCCAAAAUCAUGCUUGCUCUCUCCUGGGACCGGAGAUCCCGAGGAGUUCUGGCACAACAGGGCGCUGUCAAGUUCUUGCUCGGUAUGGCAAGCGCAAAACAGGGGCCCUCCGGACCGAUUUUGAAUGAGACCGUGCAUACUGCGUCGCAUGCGCUCGCGCGAAUCCUCAUCUCCGUCAAUCCAGCGCACGUGUUCCCAUCCUCUGGGUUUCCCCAGAUCACGUCAGCCAUUCGACCUUUGACCGCCCUUCUCACCCCUUCCGAGGCGAGCAUGUCCACCGAAAAACCACGGGAUUUGCUUCCAGUCUUCGAAAGUCUCCUUGCCCUGACCAAUCUGGCCUCCCAUCCCGACGAGACCGCGCCCGAGGCCAUUGUCCGCCAGGCCUGGUCCGUGGCGGAGGACCUCCUCCUCUCCAAUAGCCCCAUGGUGCAGCGCGCUGCAUGCGAGCUGGUGUGCAACCUGAUGACCUGCGAGUCCGGGAUCGUCAAGUAUGCCGAUGGCUCCAAGCGCGCGGCGCAGCGCCUGCACGUGCUGCUGGCCCUUACCGACACCGACGAUCUGGCGACGCGGAGUGCAGCCGGCGGAGCCCUGGCGAUGCUCACUGAAUUUGAAGCCGCCAUCGCGGCCAUCCUUGAGCGGCCUCGCGGGGUGCAGCUGCUGUUGGGCAUGUGCCAGGAAGAUGACGAAGGACUGGUGCACCGGGGGGUGGUCUGCGUGCGGAACAUGACCAGCCUGGCCAGCGGGGACAUCGGACGACGGGCCAAGGAAGCGGUCAAGGCCAACGGGGGCGUGGAGAUGCUGACCAACGUGCUGAAGAAGACCAAGAACCCCAUGGUGCUGCAGGUGGGAGUGGAGGCGCUGAAGCCGCUGGUGGAAUAGAAGGGUCGAGCCACUGGUGGCGUCCCCUCCCUGGCCUCGCUUAUCAGCGGGUAAUACUGUGUGCUCUAUGAAUUCUCGGUGCCUUGAGCU